AUGAUCAGUUACAAGACUCUUUUCCUUCUCACCGCCUUCAUACUCACCCUUUCAGGGUUGCUUUCACUAAUAACUGAUUCGGAUUCAAACAGAGGGUUAUAUGAUUUGUAUCCUUCAAAUACUGACCACAAUAAAGAUCUAGGAGAUAGUCCGGUAGCGAACAUGACUUAUUUUCUAAUGUUAACCGAAGGGAUCGCUGGUGGGUUCAAACCACCAACUAUAAGGCGUGUCAUAGAGUUAAGCAGUGAUGGUACUAUUGGAUUCGUCAAGCAGUCUACGCUGAAAAAUAAGGACGACUAUGUUGUUCAACAGGGUGAAGUGUCAAGUCGAGAACUCGCCGUGCUUGGUGUUGACCUCCGCACGUACCUCGCUAUUCUCCCUCGUGAAGAACCUGAGGGUGGUGAGGAUAUCUACGGCCUUGAUAUAUCUAUUUCGUUUCAGACAGACGGCUUCGAAUGGCGAAAUGGUGCUCCAGAAGGUUGCACGAACGAGCCAUCUAGAGUACAUCCUACUCCAGAACAGAAGGCUAUGUUCAGGGAGUUGGUAGAAAGAAUUCAGAGCGUUGGACAGCAGUUUGCCAUAAAUACUGUCGAGAGUUGA